CGUCACCGCGUUGGGGCGGGGCGGGGCGACGCCGAUGACGCGGGCCAACAUCACGUGACCCCAACGGCGGCGGCGGCGGCGGAGACUCUGAGAGACACCCAGCCCCGUUUUCCUCUUUGAUAAGAUUUGAAGGGGGCACGUACAUCUGAUCACUCUUUGUGCUGGUUCUGUGCUGAUCUCUGGUGCAGCCAUGUCGUACGGAAGAAUAGAGGACAACCGCUUUAGCUACCACUCACAGCCACAGGACUUCAAUACGCUCAUUCAAACAUGCAGUGUCAACAUCCAGAAAAUUACACAGAAUACUGCACAGAUAAAUGCGUUGGUGCAACAACUAGGAACACAACAAGAUACAAGUGAACUUCAGGACAGGCUGCAGCAGCUGCAGCACUACACAAACCAGGUAGCGAAGGAAACCAAUAAACACCUUAAGGAGCUUGGAUCCCUACCUUUAACGUAUACUGAGCAGCGGCAGCAGAGAAUACAGAAGGAGCGUCUCAUGAAUGACUUUUCCGCAGCUUUGAACAACUUCCAAGCAGCACAGCGGCAAGCCGCAGCAAAAGAGAAAGAAUCUGUAGCCAGGGCAAGAGCAGCAUCGCGCCUCUCAAGUGGUUUCAGUGAUGAUGAACACAAAGAAGAACAACUUGUGUCAUUUGAAAGUAACGAAGAUUGGAAUCGGAUGCAAGCUCAGUCCCAAGAUGUGGCGAUUACAGAAGAAGACCUGGAGUCGAUUAAGGAACGAGAAACUGCAAUCCAGAAACUUGAGGCUAACAUCUUGGAUGUCAACCAGAUUUUUAAAGACUUGGCAAUAAUGAUCCAUGAUCAAGGAGAUAUGAUUGAUAGCAUUGAAGCAAAUGUGGAAAGUGCAGAAGUACAUGUUGAGCAGGGAACUCACCAGUUACAGAGGGCAUCUUAUUAUCAGAAAAAGUCCCGCAAGAAAAUAUGCAUUCUGAUUGUAAUUCUUGCCGUUGUUGGUGUGAUUUUGGGCCUUGUCAUCUGGUGGGCAAGCAAAUAACAAACUUCCUGUUAAAAUACUGCUGGUUCUCUACGUGAGAAAAAAUAGAACUGUACAGCAACUGAUUUCAAUGGGCAAUUUUCUCUAUACUGUAAAGGUCUAAUUUGGUGAAUACAGAGAAUUUUGUGGAUUGUAACAAAGCACCAAGAAAUUGGUUAUUUAUUAAUUUAUGUAAAGCAAGUAAGAUUUCACCAUUCUGUAUAUGCACUGUAAAUUAUAUGAGAUCGUCUCAAGUUUUACCAGAAUAAUUGCAUUGUGUUGUCAAAUAGAUUUUGUAAUAGCAUGCAGAUUUUCACUAUCGCUUGGCCAGCUUUUACACUUUGGGGAGCCUAGUGUGGCAAUGAUCCUCGCAAGUCAAGAAACUACGGCCACUGUCAACUCUAUCACUGUCAUUUGUUUAAACCUUAUCCCAAUUUUGUGAAAGCAAAGAUUUUCAACAAUAGAAUAUAACACGCUUCAGAUCCUGCCAUGGUGAAACCCUCGCACUUGGUGGUUUGGAGACACCUAAUGUUAAUAGCACACAGCAUUAAUUUACGGGAUGAGUAAUGUGAAACAAGGCAAAUUUUAUUGUAGUCAACUUGUUACUUUCGGGUGGAUAAUUUUUAAAUUUUUUUAAAUUCUUAGUUUAUUAAUACAACCGUGGCAAAUCUACUGUCUAGUAAUGUCAUCUUUUUUCCCAAAUUUCUUGGUUCACUUUUACGCUCCGGUUUUUACACAGACAUAGCAUUCCAAGGUCAAAGCGAAGGUCGAAUUGUGAAAUUCAUCUGAUCCUUGCACGGACUAAGUUGUCUGUUCAAUGCCUCUUGUGCAUGCUUGAACAGUUCUACAUCGUUACAACUUUACACUGAAAGUGAAUCACUAGAAAAUAUAAUCACCUGCUUGCAAUUAUUGUGAUGUAGCGAUAGCAGAAAUUGAAUAGUUGCUGCAUAGGAAUGGGGAAUUGACUGCCCUCAAAUUCCUUUCCCCUUUAUUGAAAAAGCCGUGUGUUUAUAUCACUUGCCACAACUGUAACUACUUAAAAAAAAUUUAAAAAUCCUUGUCUCCAAGUACUUUUCCUUCCCAUCAGAAUAUUGGAGUACAUUGGCCAUCAGAGCUUUUUGAUCAGCUGGGAAAUACUCCAUAGUACUAUAUAAUGUGGGCGACAAUGGUGCUGUGAAAAUUGGUCGAGUAGUGUUGAGCUCAAACUCCUCCCAACAUUCUUGCUUGGGAUUUUAUCGUUCUUAGCUGAACUUGAACCUGAGAACGAGGCAAGAAAUUUCACCAAGGUUUGUUGAGAGUGGAGCUAUUAUACCAUCCUGCAUGGCCAUUAGUAGAAGGAUAAGUGGGAAGGGCCACGCAUCUUGAGAAAAGAAUAAGGAAACGGUUAAAGUUCAAUUUAAAACCAGGUGUGAUUUUAGAAAGAUUCAUUUUAUCUAAUCAUGCACAUUUGUCAAUGUUCAAAACAAAAUAUUUAUAGUAGCAAGGUUAUCUAAAUUUAUAGUGCUUUCCUCAACAAAUUUUAAGAUUGAACAUAUCCUUUAAUGUAUUUUGUACCCCGUUGUUUUUGCAGAAUUGAGUAUAAAUAACUCCACUCUUCAGCUUUGAAUUCCUCUGCUUUGUGGACGUGCUCUAUAGAAAUUUAAAUCUAAAUGUCUACUCUAAAGCAAUUCCAUUUCCUAAAUGUACUUUGUAUUACAUUAUACUUUAUGAAAAGGUAUUUUGAUUUUGGUGUUUGCUCAAUAUAUUUACCCUAACUUGAUUUUUGUCACCUCCUGUAUAUUUGAAAAUUAUAAGUUUGAGAAUAAAGGUGUAUUAAUACCACAGAUACUGCGCUUUUGAAUGAUAGAUUUUAGCUGUGCCAUUGAAUAAACCUGAUAAUGAAA